GGUUGGAGCCUGGGAGGGGAAUGAGCCCCUGGCUGGUCCCCACAGCCCCGGCAGCGCUGCUGAGGCUGCACCAGCCCCAGCCCGUCGUGGCCGUGGAGGUCGGGGGGACGGUGGAGAUCCGCUGCGAGGCCAGCGAGGACAUGAAGAGCAAAGCCAAAGUGUGGUGGUACCAUCGCGGUGGCAGGGCUGGGCCCAGCCUGGUCCUGGAUUGCCAGAGUGGGACGAAGGGGAGGUUCUCCUGUGAGUACGGAGGGUACAGUGUCACCCUGCGCAUCACCGGAGCCCGUCCCCAGGACACCGGCCUCUACCUCUGCGUCUACGGCCGUUCAUGGCUUCCGGAUUUUGGCAACGGCACCGCGCUGCUGGUGGGAGGUAGGAUGGUGACUGUGCCGGGGGGUGGGAUCCCCACGACCCCCAUGUCACCCCCACGACCCCCAUGUCACCCCCAUGUCCCUCAUCCCCUGCUCUCACGCGCUGUCCUGCCCAGCACCCUCCGUCCCCCUCCAGCACCCGCCGUCCCCGUCCAUCCCCCGCUGUGUCCCUCUCCGUCCCCUCCAUCCCUCCUCAUCCCCCUCCAUCUUCCCCUUCCUCCUCCUUCCCCCCAGCCCUCCGCAUCGCCCUCCAUCCCUCCCAUGGCUUCCAGCCCAGCUCCCUCCCGCCCAGCGCGGGUGCGUGCCCACCUCCCGCCCCACUGCAGCCCCCUCUCCUUGUUGCAGACAGCUGGAGCAAGGGGAGCUGGGUGCGGGUGCUGGCGCUCCGCGGGGCCCCCCCGGGCCCCCCCAGCCUGGUCUGCGCCGUGGGUGCCUCCGCCGGCCCCGUCCUCGUCUCCUGGCGGGGGGCGGCCUGGGGGAUGCUGGGGCUGGGGGGCGGCGAGGGGCCGCUCCUCAGCCCCAUGGGCACGGCCGGGGGGGCCGGGGGGCUCUGUGAGGUGCGCUUCAAUGCCUCGGGGCGCCCCGUGCGCAGGAGCGUGGAGCUACACGAGGCCACGGGCUGCUCCUUCCUGAGCCCCAGCGCCUGGGGCCCGGCCGGGGUCGGGGCGCUGCUGCUGCUCAGCCUCGGCCUCAGCACCUGCUGCCUCCGCCGCCCCACGCGCACGGCCCAGCAGCCCGGGGCCCCGAUGCCGCCCGCGUCGCGGGAGGACGAGGGAGAGCUGAACUGCGCCCAGCUGAACUUCGCCGCCCGGGCCGGGCCCAGGCCGUGACCCGCAGCCGGACGUGCCGACAAGCCCGGAGCCGGCGCUCGCCCCUCUCUUGCGGCCGCAGCCCCUGCGAUGCCGCUGCUCCCGGCCUCUGGCCGCUCCCCGGGGCUCCCCGAGCAGCCGGACAGUCGGCAGCACCCGCGGAGCAGGGACAGGAGCUGCUCAUCGCGCGUCCUGCGGUUGCUCUUGAGUGCGUUUCAGUGCCCCGCGAGCAAAGCAAGGAGAGGGGGGGCUGUGACGUGGCUUUGCUGAAUUCGGUGCCCCAAGGAGAUGCAUUUUCCCUCCGUAACGGCGACUGCCGGCGGCGGCUACACGGCUACCGCAGGCAUAAUCUGAUAUAAAGCCAGGCCUCGGCUGCUUCCUCGGGCGUCCGGAAUUUUAUUGCUUUGACGCCCUCUCUCCUUGCGUUCGAGCAGCCCGUCCCUCCCCCUGGCGCUUACAGCCUUCCUCCCGGUCCUCGCCCUCCUCGCCCGAGCCGAGGCAAGCGGAGCAGCCCAGCAGGGCAAAAGCAAAGGUUCCUUCCCGCCCAGCCCCACGGCCCUGGAAGGGGGAAGCGGCAUCGCGGGGCUGCCGGAGGCGCUGCGGCCACCCAAAGCGGGCGCGGGGUGCGGCGGGGGGGGCCGUGCCGUGGCGGCACCGGGCGGCGGUGACACCGCGCCGGCCCGGCCCGGGCCAGCCCGCGGCGAGCGCUUGGCAGCUCCCCGGGGCUCGUGCACUUCUUCCGGAGCGCCGGUGUGCUUGUGAGCUGGAAAACCUCUGAAACCAGCUUCCGGGCGGUCGGCGGGUGACACGGCCUGCGAGCAGCCGCGCCAGGCGCUCCGGGGGGCCGGAACGAAGCCGAGCAGCUGUGCUGCAAAGCCUCCCCCAGAGGCGAGAAAACCCCUGCAGGGCAUCUUCCCGGGGCCGGUGCGCGGGUCCCACGGGAAAAGAGGGUGCCCGAGAAACCCGCCGGGCUUUUGCAGAGCUCCCGCAAGUUUGCCGCCGGCCGCGGGGGCACGUCGGCAAGUUCUCGGUGGGGGUUUGCGAGCUGCGGGCGCCGGGGGGCCGUGCCCGGCCAGCCCCGUCCUGCAGCUCUCGCCGUUGUUUUUCCCUUUGCUCUGGGUUUUUCCCUCCUUUGCGGACGGCGGGGUGGGCAGAGCGGGGCGGGGGGGGGUCACCUCGCCGGCGUGGAUCCGCCUGCCAGAGGAAGCGGGGACUGGGGCUGCUGAAGCUCCUUUUGCCCUCGGGGAGGUGUGGAGCGAAGGAAAAGCAGGGCCUGGGGGGUUUUGGUCGGCCCCGGGCGAGAGGGGGCGGGUGACGCUGGGGACCGGCGCCAGCCCUGGCAAAACGCGGGCCCCCGACCGGGAAAGUGAAAGGUUUUGCGGCCGACCCAGCCUUGCGCCCAAUUCUGAGGCUCUUUGAAGCAGCCGGGCCGCCCCUGAGCUGCUCCUGCCGUGCGAAGGGCUGGGCUUGAGGCCGGGGAGCUGCGUCGCUCCCCCAGAGAGGGCUUUGGGGGGCCAGCCAAGGCCCGGGCGCUCCCCGCUCGUGCUGCCGGCAGCCGGACCCGAGCGCGAGCCGCCACCUGGGCGAGAUUUACCCUUGGCGCUGGGGUGGCGUGAGCAGCGGGCGGCGCUUUGGGGAUGCUCCGGGCGGGAGCCCAGCGAGGCCGCGGCGGCGGCCUUGGCACCACCACCAGCAGCCAGAGUGAAUCUUCUCAGCGGGCUGCUGGGUCUCUCUUCCCCGCCGUGAGCCUCGGGCGGAGCUCCCGAAUCUGCGGGGCGCGGGGGGUUGAGCCGAGCAGCGUUACGGCGCGCUAAAGAAAUGAACGUCUGUCGUGCCGGGGCUUGAGGAAGCGGUUUUACCUCCCGGCUGGGUCUGCCGGGUGGGCGUGGGGGCGGCUGGGGGAGG